CCGCUUCCCGUCCAUGUAAUCCCUGUCCUGCAGUCUCUCUAUCCGCUUUUUUAUUAUAUAUAUAUUUAUAUAUUAUCAGCGGGGCCUUUCCGCCUCUUUUUUCACGCUUAGCGCGUCGCAGGCGCUCCCGGUUUGGCCGUUAAUCCACCGCGAGCGCCAUGUUCAUGCAGACGCGGGGAGCAAUGGCGCAUCGGGACCAUGGCGAGGCGCAGGCUCGGGAGGAUGGAGAGAGCAGCAGGAAUUAGAGACGUCGGACGGCGCGGCUUUGAGAAUCGGAAUGGGUCGGAAGGGCACUCGUCUGCGCGCGGAACGAUGGCUGUGGCAGAACGUAUAAAGAGCAGCAUCCUUCACCAGACACCCUGAUUGCAAGGAGGCUUGUUGGCCACUGUUGCCACGGCAGCGGUCGUGGAGGAAGAGAAGGAGCGGCUGUUGCGGUGGCGCCACGCUCUGCUGGAGGGGAUGGAGUACCACAGCACGGGAACCCUGCCGCUCCUGGGCAGCCCGCGUUACUGUCCCGGUGCCAACAGUGCCAGCGGGUACCUCUGCCAGACGGGCCACUGCUGUGGGGAGACCGGCUGCUGCACUUAUUACUACGAGCUGUGGUGGUUUUGGCUCUUAUGGAGUGUAUUGAUCCUGUUCAGCUGCUGCUGUGCGUAUCGACACCGCCAGGCUAAACAGAGAGUGCAGCAGCAGCAGAGGCAGAGAGAGAUCAACCUGAUGGCCUACCACGGAGCCUGCAGCUACCCGUCCUCCAUGCUGGACCUCAGUUUCCUUGCAUCACUCAAACUGCCAUCCUAUGAGGAAGUAGCGGCGCAGCCCAGCACCCCGCCCCCUCCCUACAGCUCGGUGGCUUACCCACGAGGCUCCGCCCAUCCCGGGCCAAGUCACAUGCUGUCCUCGCAGAGCUCUGACAACUACACCAGCUGCUCAUGCGACUCCUGCUGCCCGUCUUCGCCCUGUAGCUCCUCCCCUUCCUCCGCCCAGCUCACAGACGAGACUGACACUAGCCACACCUCCACGCCUUCUCACAGCGAAGCGGUACCCAUUAACUCAGUUUCUGGACGUGCCACAGAGCAACACUCUGAGACUCUUUCGACUCCGCCUCUUAAUGAGCCUGGCCCCACCUCCUCAGCAGAAGUGAUGGAGGUGGACUUGCCAGACUCCGCCUCCCUCGACUGUAAUGGCAACAGGACUGUUAAAACAGUCACUAAUCCAACAGUUAACAACAACGUGAUCAGUGACGCUGAAGAAAGUGCUAACUCGAAUGAAACUGGUAACGUGACUCAAAUUAGUAACUCAAAUGAUGUUAAUAACCGCAGCAUCACUGAAAGCUCUAACGUACCUCAGUGUAACAACACUAAUGAUAUUAGCAGCAAGGGUCAAGUGUCCAACCUCAGUCCUACCAGAGACGAUAAAACCACUGACUUCGACCUCUUUCAUCCACCCAGCAAUAUGUCCCAAAAUACAUCUUAUCCUCCCAUCGCCAUCCCCUCAUCCUCUCCUCCAUCCUGUUCUCCUUUGUCUCCGUUUUCUCCUCCCCUCCCUCCUCCCUUAUCCCCGAUCUCUGACCCUCUAGGCGCCAUCUCUGAGCAGCAGAGCUCUCCUGUGCAGUGGGCGGAGCCAACACAGACACACCAUUCAGCCCCUCACCCACAGUCUCCGCCCAAACCUGCAGUCUUUUCACCCGACUUCCUGGAGCCGGAGCGGCGUGAUUCGGCAGUGUGCGAUCUUGACGUGGAUCAAACGCACUUCCAGCAGCGCCGCCUAACCGGAGACUCCGGGAUUGAGGUCUGCCGCUGUCGGAUCAACCAUGAUGGGGAGGAGGAGGAAGACGAUGAAGACGAAGAGAGGGAUCGUUUAGAGGACAAGCCUAGCGCUGUUACAAGUGACGACCUCCACGACAGCGCCGACUGCUCCGUACGUGCCCAGCUCUCCCCUUCUGAGCUCGGAGACACGUGCGGGUCCGGCUCAGCCACGCCGGCGCGCAGCGAUGCGGUCGUUAUAGCCAUGGAAACCGUUUGACGGACAGGUGGGCUGUUGAAAUCCAGCAUACAAGGGCUGUGCGUCAGCGGUGCUGAGAGAGCCUUCGGCUGUGCAAAGUGGAUUGCCAUUUAGUCCGAGUCUAAACUAGCCGUGCUGUUGCAUUAGGACUGACAUCGUAGGGUGGUGAAAAGUGAACCUCUAACUUAAUAGCAUAGCAUAGGAAGGUCUCUCUAUCUCUCCCUCUUACUCUCUCUCUCUGUUGUAGGAUAAAUGUCCUCAGUUCUCCAGUGCUUAACAAAAAGCCUGUUUUUGUGCUAACAGAGAGACUGACAUUAGAGCCACAGACUCUGCUCUAACACACACCCACACACUCUCACACUCAAACACACAGUAACCUUUGUGUAUGACCCCGUCUGGGAUGGUGACAUGGUGGUACAACAACACCAUGUUCCUCUGUGAACUCAGUAGCACAUGCAACAACCAACACCCCCCCAUCUCUCUAUCUCUCUAUCUAUCUCUCUCGCCCUCUCUCUCGUUUCUCGGCUUGCAUCAUAGCCUCUGACGCAGAAUCAGAGAUCUAGUCUACUAGAUCUAGUGUCGUACACAUCGAUAGAUUAUGAAGAUGCUUGAACCGUUUGGUUUAAACGCUGCCGACAGUAAAGAUGCAAUAACACACUCUAACACACACACACACACACACAUCUGUCCUGUGUGCCUCUGGGUAGUGUAGUUCACACCAGGUCAGACAGCCAUUUUGUGCUUGAUGUUAAUCGGAGCUUAUCAGCUGAAUGUAGGUUCCUCACUGGUUCACGCAAAGCAACACACACUUUCCCUCUCUCUCUCUCUCUCUCUCUCUCUCUCUCUUUCUCUCUUUCUCUCUCUCUCACACACACACACACAUCCAAAACACCAGACUGCAUUCUUCUUGUUUUCCCAGAGUUUCAGAACACCAGCUUGGCCAAACAAAUGCUGCACCUCAAUCAUGGAAGAAGAAAAAAAAAAAAGAAAAACCUCAGGACAUUGUUUUUUUGUUGUUUUCGUUUUUAAUUUUAUUAGCAUUUUCUUACGUCUAAAUGUGGAAACACGGAAACAGCAUUGCUCAUUGGCGACACAAAAGCAGCCUAAAGACUCUCCGAACUGCUCUCCAACGAAGACAAAUAUCAAUAUGGGAAAAACACAUACAAAUAAAUAUAUAUGUAGGUGCAGAAAAUAUAUAUAUAUAUAUGCUCUCUGUGAAAUGAUAUAUUUUCUAAGCAUGCCAUGUCAUUUGGAGUGCAGCACUAGAAGCUGGUGUAAAAAUGUAAUCCGCGGCUGAGAGAUGUGUGUGUCGAUUCUAGUGUUACUAUGGCAUCAGUACCGAGUUACACUUACAUUACUAUGGCGUUCCCAUGGUGCUGCCGUGGCGUUACUAUGACAACCUUCUUUAGUCUGAGCAAUAGAGUAUGUUUGAUGUCCCUGUGAGAUUGUGAAAGGUGUGAAAAUGUUAUUCUUACCACUAAACAAGUCAACUGAAA